AUGUUCGACUUUCAUCUGCAAAAUGGAGCUGAUUUGUCACAGGAGGAUGACAACAGAUACAAUAUUCUUCACAUGGCCGGUCAGGGAGGAAAUAUGGAGCUAGUUAAGUAUGUUCUUGCACAGAAUAUCGUGAAAAACAGUCGAUCAGAUGCAGGGUGGACGUCAGCCCUGGAAACAGCAAAUGAGGGCCAUACAGAAGUCUUGAAAGUUUUAGUAAGUGAAGGAGCUGAUCCGACUCUUGUUAAUCGCGAGAAUAACAAUAUUAUCCAUGUUGCUUUAAAGGGCAAACAUAUGGAUACAGUGAAAUAUGUGUUCGCAAAUGAUUUUGUAGAGAUCGACAAUAGAAACAUCGAAGGGAUGACAGCAGUCAUGUUGGCAGUAGAUGAGGGACUGGCAGAAAUAUUUGACUUAAUUGUUAGAAAAGGAUCCAAUCUGCCAUUAGUGAAUGAUGAUAAACAGAACAUACUACAUAUGGCCUGUGACGAGUGA